AUGAUUUCUUCUUGUGCCGUGCUUUUGCGAGCGCAAUUUCGUCUGAUAAACUUCGUGAAGUUAUUGAUCAACAACCAGCAUCAUCGAUCGAAUUCAACAACUGAUUCUGUUGAAAUGGUCAAUGAUUCUCCAUUGCCUGCCGAAACUGAUCAAUGGAAGGUGGGAGAUUCGUGUUUGUGUCCAUAUAGUGAAGAUAGUCUUUUGUACAAAGCGACAAUUGUGACUAUUGAUGCGUCGUCAUGUACGGUUUCUUUCGAUGAAUACGGUAACGAAGAAAUUCAUCUGCUAAGCGAUCUUCAGAUACGAACAGAUGAUGAUCAACAAGACAUAUUGUCACCAAUGGAAGAACACGACGUAUCAACUUCUAUUUCAUUACCGACACCGGCACCACCACCUCCUCCUCUUCCUCUGCCUCCAUUUCCAAAUAUACCUUCGAAUGAAGAUAAUGAUAGUUUAUCGGCAACGUUGAUGUCGUGGUACUUAGCUGGCUAUCAUACGGGAUUUUAUCAAGCACUGAAAAAAUCAUAA